AUGGCAUCCGGUGGCGCCUCUCCUCUCUCAGCCGCUUCCCCCGUCCCCUCCCUUCGCGAAUCAACCAACCCAUCUAUUUCCUCCCCCUUAGCCCAAACAACCAACUCCUCAUCUACCUCUCCACCCCCCACGAAAAUAUGCGUCUUCUGCGGUUCUUCCCCGGGCCUCUCUCCCUCUCACAUGGCCAUGGCCCGUUCUCUCGCCCAACACAUGGCUUCGCAGAACAUAUCACUCGUCUACGGUGGCGGCACCGUAGGACUCAUGGGUGAAGUAGCUCGAACCCUCGUUGCACUCUCUGGUCCCACUUCCGUGCACGGCAUCAUACCCGCUCCAUUGGUGAAAUACGAGCGUGGGCCCAACAGCGACGCGGCGAGUAUUCACAGCAAGGAAAACGGCACUGGGACACCCGAAAACGGAGACGGACUUCCCGAGUAUGAGAUUUAUGGGAGAACUACCGUGGUGAAAGAUAUGCAUGCGCGGAAAUCAAUGAUGGCUAAAGAAGUUAUAGCUGGGGGUCCAGGUUCGGGCUUCGUUGCGUUACCAGGUGGGUAUGGUACCCUGGAGGAGUUGAUGGAAGUGGUUACCUGGAAUCAGUUGGGUAUUCAUACGAGAGGUAUUGUCGUACUUAAUGUAGAUGGGUAUUGGGAUGGAUUAAUGGCGUGGGUCAAGAAUUCUGUAGAGGCUGGAUUCGUGGGAGAGGCGAAUAGGGAUAUUGUGGUUGAUUGCAAGACAGCAGAAGAGACAAUCCAGGCAUUGAGGGACUACAAGUUGACGGAAGGAAGAUUUAAAUUGGAGUGGGGCAAUGAGUAG